AUGGACCAACAGAAGCUACAGCAUGAGCGUCGUUUGAGAGUAAAUGAAUCAGUAGAAGACCAAAGACUUGAUUCAGUUGAUGAGUUUGAUGAAGAAGAAGCUGUUGAUUUGAGCUUAGAUGGGGAUGAGAAUAUGGCAGUCAUCAGUACCAAUGUUAAUGACUUGGAACCCACUAUUCGCAUGGUAUUUCAGACUGAAGAUGAGGCAUAUGAACAUUAUAACAAAUAUGCCAAGGAGAUGGAGUUUUCAGUUAGGAAAUACAGGGUUGAUCGUUCAAAGUUAGAUAAACACGUAAUAUCAAGAUACUAUGUGUGUUCAAAUCAAGGUGAGAAAAUAUUUGAUAAACGGAGAAAGGUGGAUUACACGCCUCGAGUGACAAAGAAAACUAAUUGUGGGGCUGUAAUGAAGAUCAAGAGUAAUAAUGGAUUGUGGUGUACGCUUUUGGGUUGUGGCCUAAUAGCUGAUGAGACAAAGGAAUCAUUUAUGUGGUUAUUUAGGACAUGGCUUCAAGCAAUGCAAAAUGUACAGCCUAAAGCAAUCUUUACUGAUCAAGACCAUAGUAUAAUGAGAGCAAUUAAGCAUGUGUUUUCAUUGACUGUCCAUCGGCUAUGUGGAUGGCAUUUGGAGAAACACAGGUUACAACACAUGAGAUCAUUGUACAAGAAAUUUCCUGAUUUGAAGCCAGCAUAUAGUUGUAUUUAUAAUUCUAAUACAACACUUGAAUUUGAGGAGGGUUGGCAGAGCAUGCUAUAUAGGUUUAAUUUACAGGAUCAUUUAUGGUUAAAGAAGCAAUUUAGGAUACAUGAACACUGGGUGCCUUGUUACUAUCAUGAUACCUUUUUUGCUGGUAUGCGUAUGACACAGAGGGGAGAGUCAAUGAAUAAGUAUUUUAAGGGCUUCUUCACAUCUGCAACACCUCUAAAUGAAUUUGUUACCCAAAAUGAAGAGGCUGUGAAAAAAAGAAGAGGAAAAGAAGCCAAGGAAGAUGCUUUCUGCAUCACCUCAGCCCCUACUUGUUCUAUAGCUCACAAAAUCGAGCAACAAGCCGCUACCGUUUAUACGGCAAAGGUGUUCAGGGUGUUUUCGGAAGAGUGGUACGUAUGUUUUGGUUUGGAAGCAAAUCAAUGUGAUUAUGAAAUUACAGAGAAGAGGUACAAGGUCUUUAAGAGAGAUGGGAAUCGAGAGAUUGAUGUGCAAAAUGUGUUGCAUAAUCAUGAAACUGAUAUCAUAAUUUUUGGAUGUAACUUGUUCAUUAACAAAGGUAUAUUGUACAGACAUAUACUUAAGAUAUACGUGAUAACAGACAGAUCCCAGAUUCCCUCGAGGUAUAUCCUAUGUAGGUGGACCAAAAUUGCCCGAUUUAGUAACAUCCCAUUUGUAUCUAUGCCUGAAUCAUUUGAAGGACUGCCACAACAACCACUUAUCCCUCUGCUGAAAAGUUAUAAUCUAUAUGAGAUUGUGGUUGGGACUUCUGUGUGCCCUCCAUCGACCCUCCCUGCCACUGAUGCUGCCGCCUCUUCUGAAGCCAUUCCCAAUCCGGCAUAUGCUUGA